GAUAUAAGUAACAGCUGUUUACGUCAACAAUAACGUUUACUGUAGCUCGUGUGGCAACGAUAGUAUCUAGCGGGCUGAACGAAGAGCGCGGAUGACAGACUGCUAGUUUGGGCCUAUGAAAUAAGACGAAAUGGAUGUGAUACUUGGAGGAAUAGAAGGGGGAGCUACACAUUCAAAGAUAGUGCUAUAUAAUGGCCAAGGUGAAAAAAUGGCAGAAUGCGGUGGGCCAGGGGUCAACCACUGGCUAUUUGGAAUGGCAGAGUGUGAGAAGCGUAUCAAUGGAAUGGUGGAAGAAGCAAAGGCAGCUGCAAAACUUCCUAUUGAUAAACCUUUGGCAUCACUAGGAAUGAGCCUCAGUGGUUGUGAGCAAGAGGAGACCAAUAAACAGCUGGAAGAUGAGCUCCAUGAACUAUAUCCAAACCUCAGCAGCCACUAUGUUGUCUGCAGUGACACUGUUGGCUCAAUUGCUGCAGCUCAUCGCCAUGGUGGGAUGGUACUGAUAGCUGGAACUGGCUCCAAUGCUCUUCUCUUGAAUCCAGAUGGGACUCAGAGCAGAUGUGGUGGCUGGGGCAACAUGCUGGGUGAUGAAGGAAGCGCAUUCUGGGUGUCCCACAAAGCUGUGAAAAUCUACUUUGAUGAUGAAGAUAAUCUUGCUAAGGCACCAUAUGAUACCUCAAUAGUUUGGCAGACAAUAAAGGACCAUUUCCAAGUUAGUAACAGAUUUGAUCUGCUGGAACACUGCUACUCCAAGUUUCAUAAACCAAAGUUUGCGGCGCUGUGUAAGAAAUUGGCAGAAGAAGCUAAAGCAGGGGAUCCAUUGUGUCUUUGGCUGUUUGAACAGACAGGUCGUGCUCUUGCCACUAUGGUACGAGCACUUGUGCCUGCAGCUCAUAAGGAUCUGUUCUUAGCAGACAGUGGUUUGCCUGUUGUCUGUGUUGGAUCUGUGUGGCUCAGCUGGGACCUGUUGAAGAAUGGAUUCGUAUCACGUCUGCAAGAACCCCCACAAAAUGAGGGUGACCAGCCAGUUUGUGAGCUCUCUCUGCUUAAACUUACCACAAGUAUGGCGGUUGGAGCCACAUACCUGGCAGCUGAUGCUAUUGGCAUUGACAUGCCUAGAGAUUAUCGUCAGAACUACACAGUUUUUUAUCAUUACAAACCUCAGCAACGAUGUGAAUGUGCAGGUUCCUGUAAUAAAUUAUGAGGUGUUGUAGGAACUUCCUGUGCAAAAAUUGACACUCGGCAACAUCCUGCCAGUUCCUGGUGUCCAUGUAAAUAGUAAUGAGUGUUUGGUCUCAUUAUACGGAAAACAAACCACUGACACAAUUUAAUAAGGAUGGGUAUUAGCAUACAGUAUUGUGCUGUACCUGAACUAAUUAGAUUCAAAAAUUAAGUACUAUUAUCCAUUGUUUGUUACUUUGGCCAUGCUCCCACUACUU